AUGGCGGUUCCCAUGCCUUUGAACCAUUCUCAACCACCAGAACGGAUACUCCUGAAGUUUGAUGACCCUAAUAGCGCGUGGGUACCGGUUGUGUCAAAGGAAUGCAAUUUUCUAGAAAUUUUCGACAUUUCAUUCUCUGGAGAUGCUGCAAAGGUACUCCACAAAGCAACGGAUGUCAUCGAUGCAGCAGCUAUUGUGGCAGACCUCCCAGCGCAAGAAGAGAAUACCAUUCGUGUGUACUUCACGGAGAACCUCUUCAUCAAAAGUCUCUCUACUCAACGACGAGCUUUUACAGGCUCCUCUGCGAUGGUGUCUCAAUGGGGCCCAGCCUCGGAGCAGGUCCGCUGGAAAUCGUGCUCCUACAGGCUAACACUGGAGGAUCGGCCAUGGGAGAAUCUGGGACAUUCGCCCGACGACUAUGUGCCUCUAGCGGCCGGAGCCAUCCGACAAACACUGAAGUUCUAUGUUGACGCCACUUCGAUGAUGCGAAAGUCAGAGCUGUUGUCCAGUUCAGGAACCAUCGAAUUCUCCAACCCUGACAAUCUGUCCCCUGAAGCUGCCUAUAAACUACAUGAGCAAUUUUGCGAACGCCUGCGGCGACCGACAGAAGCAGAUCCAACCCCAGGAUCGCUUGUCCCUCCUAUUAUAUGCAUGAAGCAAUUGCUGCUUCUGCGCUACACUUAUCUCCUGGUCAAGGACUACUGCAACCUAGUUUGGGAUUUCCAAGUUAAGAGCAUCGAGCCAGGGACUGCCCUGACAGACCAAGGUAAAAACAUGCUUACGAUUGCGUCGCUUGCGCAGAUCAACAGAGAAGCAAUGUUCUACCAAGAGGUAAGCGAGGGGCUCGCCGAUCUGACCGGAGCUGUUGAUGUCUUGGUCGAAUCUCUGAGAAUACUCAUGAGGGACGCCACCAAUUCUUGUGAGUGUCGCAGUCUCGCAGUCGAGUUGCAGGCAACAUGUACGGAUAUCAAAAAGACCAUGACCACACGAGCAACGUCGCUGCAAGACCGCCUGAGAUUGUUCGAACUCUCCCGAGGGCUGUAUGAUGCCCAAAGCAUCCGUUUACUGAGUAUACUCGCAAGCAUAUGUCUACCAAUGUCCCUCGCAAGUGGAAUCCUGAGUAUGCAGACUCGUUUCAGAGACCUACACCUUCUGCUGUACGACUUCUUAGGUGUUUUGGUCUUAGUCGGUUCGAUUAUUAGCUGUAUUCUAUUGAUCGUCAGGUACUUCAUAUUGUGGAUGGAUCACCAGUCAAGGUCAAAGUCAAUAUGGAUCUCAUCCCUGGACAUGUUGGGCGGACGAAGCGGCACUUCAUAUUCCCGGCGUCGCAACGCAGCGUUUAUUGGCCUUAUCCUGGGCCAGUUGGGCUUCACAACACUCCUAUUUGUGCUGGGUAUGAUGAACGACUAUUUUCUAGUAUAUACAUAUUUCCUUUUCAUCGAAUUUGGGGUUAUUUUUGUCUUGCAUACCUUACCUAAGUACCUAUCAAAGGUCAGUCCACUUCUUUGGAAGGACUAUAGGUAG